CGCAGUCGGAUGAGCGAAGAAGAGCUACGCAUGCGCACUGUGUAAUCGCGUCUGAAGACAACAUGGAGGUGUUUGUCAGCGCUCCGAGUUUCAGCUUUUCUCCCUGGAUGUUUCCAGACGAGUCUGUGGUCGGAGACCUGCUGAACCGGUUCACACAGACGCAGGGAGUUUCUUCUCCAGAGGAUUUCUACGUCAUCAGAAAUGGCCGACUGUCUUGUGUGGAUGACCCGCUGCAGCAGGGAGCUGUCUAUCACCUGCAGCCGCGCCUCUGGGGGGGGAAAGGAGGGUUCGGCUCCAUGCUGCGAGCUCUGGGCGCUCAGAUCGAGAAGACGACUAACCGCGAGGCGUGCAGAGAUCUGAGCGGGCGACGCCUCCGAGACGUCAACCAUGAGAAGGAGAUGGCGGAGUGGCUGAAGAAGCAGUCGGAGCGCGAGGCUGAGAAGGAGCAGCGCCGUCUGGAGCGCCUGCAGAGGAAACUGAGUGAACCCAAACACCAGUUCACUGAUCCAGAGUACCAGCAGCAGUGUCACGACCUGUCAGAGAGGCUGGAGGACUCCGUCAUCAAAGGUCUGCAGGCGUCCUCCAGCGGUCAGGUGAAGGCCGUUGACGUCUCUGCAACAAAGAGACCAAACUCAGAUCAGAGUGAGCAGCCACACGCGAAGAAGAAGAAAGCAGCGGCGACGUCAGCAGCGUGUUUCUGGACAGGGGUCGACCAGCUGCUGAGCUCAGAGGAAGACGAUGAUGAAGAUGAGGACGACGAUGAGUGUCCAUCCACAUCGUCUUCUGGCUGUGGAGUCGCUGCUGCUGUUACCAUGACGACACAGACAGAGGAGGCGGAGCCUGAGCAGAGCAGCAGCUCGUCUGACUGCAGCUCCUCAUCAGCUGAUCACACCACCAGACCCUCAGAGGAUCAGAGACCUCCAGAGGAGUCCAGAGACCAGACCACCAGACCCUCAGAGGAUCAGAGACCUCCAGAGGAGUCCAGAGACCAGACCACCAGACCCUCAGAGGAUCAGAGACCUCCAGAGGAGUCCAGAGACCAGACCACCAGACCCUCAGAGGAUCAGAGACCUCCAGAGGAGUCCAGCUGUUCAUCUCAGCAGCAGCAGCAGCAGCAGCAGCAGCAGCAGCAGCAGCAGCAGCAGGGCCGGUCUCUGCUGGAUCUGUCCUCAGUGUCAUCUGUAGACCAGCUCCAGUCUCUGGGUCUGGAUGUGCUGAAGGAGGAACUGAUGUCUCGAGGUUUGAAGUGCGGGGGAACGCUCACAGAACGUGCUGCCCGACUCUUCUCCAUCAGAGGACUGGCACCAGAUCAGAUCGACCCGGCGCUGCUUGCCAAACCGGCCAAGCCUAAGAGGAAGUGAAGAGGUCAGAGGUCACGGCUGAUCUGAGCAGUCCCACAUCUUCCCAUCGCAGCCAGAUCGGUUGUUGAAAUGUUGACCUUUUCCUUUUGUCCAGGACGGCUCACCGCUCUGAGGAGGACUGUGAGCUGGAUGUGAGACUUUCUGAAAAUUAGUCUUUAGAUUGUUAUAAGUUUGAGCUGCAGGUCAUUAACAUCUGUUGGUUUGUCCAAUCAGGAAGCAGGAUUUUCCAUGCGCUUUAGAGAGGCGGAGUCCCGCCACUUCUGGUGUUCCCCGAUUUUUAAAAAAAAUGGCUGACGUAAUUUUGCAGCUAGCCCUGAUGUUAGCAUCAGCCCAGUUCCCUCUGUGGAACUUUUCUUUAGAUUUCUGAUGAUUGCAGAAAAUAAUCUAACCCAAGUUUUGUGAUAUUUACAUGUUUUUCUUUUCAACAAGAUAAUCGUCAUGACACAAUGUAAUCAGGACCAAAAUAUGUUUCAUCUCUGUUUCUGCUGGACCGCGGUGGGACGUCACUUCUUCAGAACGUCUGCGGUUCUUCUUCUGCUCAGUUCCGUUAAAGAAAAUCUCUUCAUUUUAAAUAUUAAAAAUACUUCAUGUGAAUUGAGUUUGUGCUUAAAUGAAUGAAUGUUUUAAUUAAAACGUCUGAAACAAAGAGUCA